CAGAAAUUAUAAAACUCGAAAAACUGAAAUUUUUUCAUAAGGAAUUAGAGGUUAAUAUUAAAAGCUAUUAUUAAAAUAAAAUUUUUAUAGAAAAUUAUACUAAAUUUAAAAAAAAAAAGAGUGUUUUGUAAGUUGCUAAAAGAAGAACAAUGUUUAAAAGCAAAAAAGACAUAGAUCGGCACGUGCGAGGCCAUUUAGCUAAGUUAAAUGAAAAUGAGAAAAAAUACCGAGGUUUUAUAAUUGCAAAACUUUAUUUUAAAAUAAAUGAAUAUGCUAUAGCUGCCAAUUAUGUGUCGGAAUAUCUUUCCGUUAACAAAAAUAAAGCUCCGGCAUAUAAUUUACUGGGGCAAUGUUUAAUGAAAUUGAAUAAAACUGAUCAAGCUUUAGAAUCUUUUCAAAAAUCAUUACAAUUAGAUCCCAAGCAACCAGACCUUCUAGUGGAAGUUUGCAAAAUAUUUUUGUCAAAAAACUCAUUAGAAAAUUCUGUGGCUGAAUAUUGGUGUAAUUUGGCUGAAUCUGAAAAUGUUCAAGAUAUUUCAGUAUUUACUCUUCGGUUGAAAUUGUCGGAAAAAGAAAACUUAGGUGGGGAUGUAAUUGAAAAUAGAAUUUUAUCACAAAUUGUCAAUAAUCCAAAUGAUGUGGAUUUGCGGAUUCAUUAUGUCCAACAGCUUAUUAAGCAAAGUAAAGUUGUUGAAGCCUUUAAGUAUGUCCUGAAUUUGGAAGUAGCCAUGAAUGAUCAGUUUGUUCAUUCCAUGGAAUGGUAUAACAAUAUAUCAAUCCUGCUGCUAAAAUUCAAAACUCUGGUUGAUGUUUCCCAUAAUUGGGAGUUUUUCGUUUUACAAACAAUUUCAUUGGAGAAGCAGUUGUGUUUAAGUUUUAGAGGGAGUAGAUCUCACAUAAAAGAAAAUUUAGCGGAAAUUGAAAAUGCUCUAUUUGAUUUUGAUCAACAUUUACAUAAAUUAGCUCAGGUGGUACAGGAGUUAUGCAACAAAGAACUUGCAGCUAAUUUUUUGAAACACUUUCAAGGACAGUUAUGCCUCCACAUCGCUUCAUUUCUGUUUGAAAUGGAAAUUCACUCUGACGAUAAUUGGAAAGAUACUUCGAAAAAGGUUUUUCCAUUGCUCUUUUUUGCAUAUCAUAAUGAGCCCCUCAAUCUACAACAGCAAUGGAUAGAUAAAUUAGAAGAAAAUGAUAAGAAGUUGGUAAAUUUAUUGCAUAGUGAAGGAAACUUUAGGUGUUGUCAGGCUGGUCACACAAUCUUGUCUUAUGCAAUUGCAUUAACGUAUACCGAAUGUAAAACAUCAGAUAGAAUCGAAGAUGUGAGUGAAGAUGCUGGGUUUGAAAAUAUAAGUUCAAUUGAUAUUUUAAAUGAAAUAAAAGAAUGCUGCUCAAAGAAAACCUGGCGUGUAAAAAUUUAUCGGGAUAUAUUCAACGACAGUGAGAAAAUUUUAAAAAUAUCAAAAUCGUAUUUUACAAGUUGUGACGAAUUACUUGAUCCAGUAUUAGAUUUCCCAACGGCUGUAAAGUUAGAAAACUAUGAGGAAAAAGCUCAAAAAUUUAAACCAUAUUCAUUAUCACAUAUGACAUACCUGUGGCUUGAUUCAGAUUGCUCUAAGAAGAGUCUAAAAAAUUUUUCAGAAUGCAAAAACUUUUCAACAAAUAACUUAAGUUGCUGUAGUGCUGAAACAUUAAAUACAUUGGAUAUAGAAACUUUUUUAUAUGCUAGUGUAAUACAUGCGAAAAGGUCUAUUGAGUUGAAUAUUAAGCGAGAAGGUGUAUUUCAAUUUAAAAAUCAGCUACCAAAUAUAUUACCAUUUGCAAAUAUCCACGCUAUUUUAAAUACUGAAACCCAAUCGAAUUGGUGGAAGUUAGCUCAUGAUGCAGGCAAAGGUGUUGCAGAUGGCAAAUUAGCGGAAACACGUUCUUCUUUAAAAUAUGGAAUUGAAGCUGUCCGGGGUAUAAAUGAACAAAAACUUGAUUUAAUUGUUAUUUUAAAGUUGGCAAAAAUUCUCUAUGAACGGUCUGAGAAAACUCAAAAAAUAUCGGAAAAGAACUUCAUUGAGUUAAGAGCAUUCAACUUGUUCAAGUACUCCCUGCAGAUUCUAAAAAAAAGAAGCAAAGAUUCAUUGGAACCACAACAAAUGCUUUUUUGUUACCCUUUAGGAAACUGUGUAUCGAAUAAAAAAAUUCUUCAUGCGUUAAUUGAAGAUGCUGUUCAAUAUGUAGUCAAAUGGUAUUUCAGAAAAUCUGAAUUUCAAAAUUGCAUAGAAUUGUUGUCUGGCCUUAAAAUACCACUUGCAAAGUAUUAUGUUUCAGAAGCAUAUAAAAAUUUAGAAAAAUUCGUGGAGUUAAGAAAUCAAGAGGAGACACUUUCGGAUUCUUAUUUGGAAGAUUGUUCUAAUUCAGGAGACUGUCGCUUGUUAAUCACAAAUUCAGAAAGUAAACUAGUAUCGCAUAGAAAUUAUAAUAAGAGCAAAUUAGAAAUUGAAAACUCAAGCGACACCAAUGAUCAUGUAGAUGUUGAUAAAAUUUUACCAGAAAUAAUCAAUUCAGGUGUAACAAGCUUACAUUCAAGCAAACAAUAUCAAAGAGAGGAAAAGCUUAAUCCAAAAAUAUCUUCAAUCGAAAAUUUAGAAAAUUUAAUUAAAAGUAUAAGUGAAACAUUAAAAAUAGUAAAAGAUGAAGUUAUUGAUAACAUAAGACCUACAGUUAACGAAUUGAGAACGGACAUCGCAGAUUUAAAGGAAAAAAUUAAUAUGAUUGAAGAAAAACGAACAUUGGAAAAGUCAGAAACGCUGGGUCCUGCUGAUUUGAAUGAAUAUUUGUUGGCAGCCGCUAGUUUACAAAGUGAAAUUUAUCCUCCUCAACAAACUCAGCCGUCAUAUCCAGUUCCAAAUAUUGAAAAUAUACAUGAAACUCAGGCUACAAACCUACAACAACAAAUUUUAAAUACUUAUAAGAAUCCUUUAUUUCAUCCAAAUUAUAUGCCAACAAACAAUUUCCCACAAUAUUCAUCCCCUUUACAACCCAAAACAUGUCAAAAUUCUUUUUACAGGGCUAAUCAAAUAAACCCAGCAUGGACCUUAGCUAACCAACACCCUCAAUAUGAUAGUUUAGGAACACAUCCUUCAGGAAAUCUUCACAAUCCAGGUUUGGAAGUUCAAAAAAUUAAUGAUUUUUUGAAUUAUUUAAAUCAGAGCAGUGGGAUCUAUCCCCCCCAACCAAAAUCGCCAAAUGCUUUAAAUGUUUCGACUAUUCAGCAGCAGUCGCAGGCAGCUCAAUGUGCUCCAGUUUUUAAUUCUAAUUUGUGGAGUGAAAAUUUGUUCCAUAAUACGUCAAUAGAAAAAGGACAACCAGAAGUUAGUGAAAUUGGGAAAACAUUUUCCACACCGUUUUUAAAUACUUUAACUCCGACUACUUUAAAUACUUCAAUUGUCCCCUUAUCACUUACUAACACAUUCAUAUUUUCAUCUCCCACAACUACAACUCCAACUUUAACAAUCCCAACACCAAUGCUAAGUUCUGCUUCAUUAACGGCAAACAUAAAUGGUCCAAUAAAUAAAAGUAUUACGUCACCUGUUAGCGAAACGGAAACUUCAAAAAGUACUAUUCAGAAUUCAAGUGAAUAUAAGGAAGAUAUUGAAUAUGAUCCAAGGCCAGAUUUUCAACCCAUUAUUCCGCUACCUGCUGAAAUUACGGUCAGCACAGGUGAAGAGAAUGAAGAAAUACUCUUUAGCCAUAAAGCGAAGCUAUUUAGAUUUAUAGACAAAGAAUGGAAAGAACGUGGAUGUGGGGAUAUUAAAAUUUUGAAGAAUAACGACACCGGUAAAGGUAGGGUAUUAAUGCGUCGAGACAUAACACAUAAAAUAUGUGCUAACCACACAAUAACCGGUGAGAUAGAUUUAGUUCAACCCUCAUCAAAAAAAGAUGAAAAAUCUUAUAUUUGGGCCGCACAUGAUUACGCCGACGAGGAGCUUAAAUUAGAAAAGUUUUGUGUCCGAUUCAAGCAAGCUGAAACAGCACAGGAAUUUUACAAUACUUUCAUUAAAGUGAGAGAUGACGCGAAACAGAAAGAGAAGAUUUCGUUAUCUGAUAAUACAGCAGCAGCUAAAAGCUUUAACCUUGUAACUCAAACAAACACUGAAGUUCCUUCGACCAUAGAUAAACAAUCUCCAUUCAAAGGCCUUAAUUUAAGUAAUCUGGCGACAUCAUCUACAAAGCCUUUCGAAUUUUUGAAUAAAACAGAAAAUCCUAUUUUUCCAAAAAUUGGUUUAACAAACUCAAAGACCGGAGGGGUAUUUGAUAAAAGUUGCGAAGUUCAAAAUGCAGAUUCAAGUUUUGAUCAAUCUGCAACAGAUCGUUUGGAAGAUGAUUACGUGCCCACAGCUGAAUUUAAGCCGGUUAUAGCUCUGCCAGAUUUGGUGGACACGGAAACUGGUGAAGAGAAUGAAGUUAUUGUGUUUGAGCAUAGGGCGAAGCUUUUGCGACAUGACAAACAAUCAUCGGAGUGGAAGGAACGUGGCAUUGGAAAUAUAAAAAUUUUACAAGCGCGUGACAAUCCCAAUAAAGUUCGUUUAGUAAUGCGACGCGAAAAAGUUCAAAAACUAUGUUGCAAUCAAAAUAUUCUUAAAGAAACUAAAUUUAUUUAUCCUAAAAAUGCUAAAACUAAGAAUUCUUUAAUAUGGAUUAACAAAGAUUAUUCAGAAAGGGAAUUGAAUACAGAAACGCUAUCUUUAAGAUUCAAAACUGAAGAAACUUGUAAACAAUUUCUUGAUACCAUUCUUAAAUUGCAACAAAAUAUGGAAGUUGAAAACCCUUCCGUUGAGACUGAAAAAACAGAAAAUAAUGCGACUGAAAGCAAAGCUAACGCUGUAUGUACGCCAGAUAAUAUGACUCAAAAUAAAAGUAACGUGGCACUCACUGAAGGAUUCGGCGACAAGUUCAAGCCGAAACUUGGUUCAUGGUCGUGUAACAGCUGUUAUGUACAAAAUUCUACAGAAGUUUCAUCUUGUGUUGCAUGUAGCGCAUCAAAGGAAGAAACAAAAGAUGGAAGUUUAAGAGGAUUUGGUGAUAAAUUCAAGCCGAAAGUUGGAUCAUGGUCGUGUAAUACCUGUUGUGUACAAAAUUCUGCAGAUGUAUCAUCUUGCGUUGCAUGUAGCACUCCAAAAGAGGAAAUUAAAGAUGGUACUUUAAAAGGAUUUGGUGAUAAAUUCAAGCCGAAAGUUGGUUCAUGGUCUUGUAAGAGUUGUUAUGUACAAAACUCUGCAGAUGUUUCAUCUUGCGUAGCAUGUAGCGCGCCGAAAGAAGAAAUGAAGGAUGGAAUUUUGAAAGGAAAUUUAUUUGCACCAUCCAUCCAACCUUCAACAUUUACAUUUGGGUUUAAUAAUAAUAUUUUUAAUGCUUCACAAAAUACAACAUCUAAAUUUUCUUUUGGAUUUGGAUCAAAUUUAGUUUCUACCAGUACCUCGAAUCCAUUUGAUUUGAAAUCUUCUGUGGCAAAUUCGAUUCCAACAACUCUAAAUCUCACAUCUGAAAAUAAGAUUGCAUUAGAUGAUAAAUUGGUUACAGUUAGAAAUUCGGAAGAAUUAGUACCAACAAGUACAUGUGAUGAUACACUUUUGGGUAACAAUUCUGAUAUAAACAUUUUUAAUUCAAAUAAUGUAGAAAAAGUUGAUUCAUCUUCUGAAUCAUGUAAAAAUGAUGAAAAAAGUUCCGAUAAAUCAGACAAUUUUAACUUUGGAAAAAGUAAAUUUAACUUUAAUUUUGUUAAAACUAAAAGCCCUGGAAAAAUGAAAGGACCUGUGAAAUGUAUUACGAAGAUAGGAGAUGAUGCUGAUGUUUCGGGUGAAGAUGCCGAAGAAGACGAUGCCGAAGAGGAAGAAAAUAACGCCUAUUUCACGCCAUUAGUUCAUUUGGAAAAAGUUGAAACGAAAACCGGGGAGGAAAAUGAAGAUGUUCUUUAUUGUCAUCGCGCAAAAUUAUAUAGAUUUGUCGACAAAGAAUGGAAAGAACGCGGUUUGGGUGAUGUAAAAAUUUUGAAACAUAAGCUGUCUAAUAAACUAAGAGUAGUUAUGCGUCGUGAGCAAAUUCAUAAAAUUUGUCUUAAUCACUUGCUGAACUCGGAAGUUGAAUAUAAAGCUAAAGAUGACAAAUCAUGGUUGUUCGCUGUGAAUGAUUAUAGCGAAGGCGAAAUAGAAUUUAUGCAAUGUUGUAUAAGAUUCAAAACUGAGGACGUUGCCAAAGAAUUUAUAGAAGAAAUAAAAAAUGCCGUAUCAAAAUAUUCGGAUUCACGAGAAAACGAAGAAAACCCUAAUGAAUUAGUUACGCAUCAAGGGGACCAAAUAACUGAUAGUUCUGAUCAAAAAGAAAAAUGUAAAGGUUGCCGCGGCUGCAGUCCAGAUAGUUUCGUUUUCAAGGACUAUAAAAAUUUGGAAUCUUCAGAACAAGAACGAGAGCCUCUACCUUUGCAAAUGCCAACUCGCGAAAUCGCUAAAGAGAAAAGCGCAGUUUUAAAGCAGAGCUCAUUUGCAACACCGAUAUUACCGACAAAAAGUAUUUUUAACGGCGAAAAUUCAAAACCAUUUAGUUUAAAAAGUAUAGAAACUGGGAAGUCAAUUUUUGAAAACGCAGGAAACAUUUUUGAAAAAACAUCUACAGUCUCUUCUUUUCCUUUUGAUAAUCCUUUCACGAUGAGCUCGGUAGGAAAUUUCAAUUUUCUGACAGCGUCUUCGAUAAAAGAACCGUUGAGUGAAAACAAUUCAAAGGAAAUAAUUCCACCUGAUUCUAACACAAAACCCUUUAAUGAAACGUCAGUUAUUAAAAAUUUUUCUUUUACUUCAUUGUCAAAUAAGGAUAAUAAAUUGGAAGAUAAGAACAAUCCGAUAAAAGAUGAUUUGAAAACCAAAACUGAAACUUUUAUAAAUAAAGAAAGCGGUACUUUUGUAACUAAAGAAAGCAGGAAUCUUGUGGACUUCGCCAGUUUAGCAAAAUCAUCUGGGAGUCUUUUGGAUUUCGCCAGUUUAGCUAAGUCCUCUGCAAAUAUUCCAGUAGAACCCAACGAAAAUAAAAUAAAUGAAUUUCAAGGUUUAACGCAGGUAACUUCGUUUGAUAACUUUUUAAAACCUAAAUUGAAUAAGAGUGCUAAUGAUGAGCAAAAAGAUGAAUCAAACCGAACUGAUGAUGAUAAUAAUUUCGAUCCAUAUUACAAACCCAUAAUUGAUUUACCAAAAGCGGUAGUUACUAGUACUGGGGAAGAGGAAGAAACAAAAUUAUUCGGAGAAAGAGCAACUCUUUUUAGAUAUGAUAGCACUGACAAACAAUGGAAGGAACGAGGCGUUGGUGAAAUUAAAAUUUUACAUCAUCCAACAAAAGGGACCUACCGUAUUAUAUUGAGAAGAGAACAAGUACAUAAAUUGGUUUUGAAUCACACAAUACCUAAGUAUUUUGCUUUAAAUGAAAUGACCAACAGCGUGAAGUCGUUUUGUUGGAGUGCCAUAAAUUAUGCUGAUGAAAAUCCACAAUUAGAAAAAUUGGCAAUAAGGUUCAAAAAUACUGAUUUGGCAAAGAAAUUUCAACAAAAAAUUAAUGAAUGUUUGGCCCAAUUGGAGACUCAAGAUGAUUAAGCGCAAAAUUUGGUAUUGAAAUAAUAAAAAUUCGUUGUAUUGAAAAAAUGAAAGGUGUCACCAAAAUGAAAUACAAUUAAUUACUUUUAUAUUUUUAAAAUAAACGUAAAGUGUUUAAAAUGCGUAAA